AUGUACGUGCGGCUGUUGGUAGUAACAUGCUUGUGUGUGAUGCAUGUACAAGCGCUGAACUACUCUAUGUGCCAGGAAUGGUCUGGAAGUGACUUUUUCAAUCACUUCUACUGGUGGAGCGGCCCCGAUCCAACGCACGGACUCGUCGACUACGUGAAUCAGGAUGUAUCACGCCGGUCAAACCUGUCGUACGUGGAUCAAAAUACUGGAAACUUUGUCCUCAAUGUUGACACGGGUGAUCCUGUACCGCGGAAUGGAAAUUGGUCGCAUCUCGUCCGACGUAGCAACCGAAUCCAUUCCAACCACAAGUUCGGCGAUGGCUUCUACAUCUUAAAGCUCGCUCGUAUGCCCACUGGUUGUGGGACAUGGCCUGCCUUCUGGACGUCAACAGGAAGCACAUGGCCUGAUGGUGGCGAAAUUGACAUUAUUGAAAACGCAAAUGGUGAUGGUCCUAAUCUUUCGUCCCUUCACGCGGGCGCAAAUUGCAAUGUCGAUCAAAAAUUCAACAAUAACCAGCAAGGGUACGUUAUCAUGGCAAGCUUGCGCUUUUUGGAAACAUAUGCUUAUUCAGAAACCUCGUGCGUACGAACUGCACCGAUCAACCGGGAUGCGCGAGUGUCUUUAACGACGACAAUUCCUUUGGCAAGAGCUUCAACAACGGGUACGUUGUCAUUCACAGCCAUAUCCUCGCCAUCGCCCAAUAUGAAAAAGUUGCUGACGCGCAAUUACAGCGGUGGUGGUUGGUUUGCAAUGAUGCGUGAUACGCGUGUGAAUGGAACGGGUAUUGGCGUGUACUUUUGGCACAAAGAUACCGACCGAGACCAGAUGCCGCCACAGGUGGCAGCUCCCAUUCACGAAGCCCCUACUAGUCUAGAUGGCGAUCAUAUGGAAAAGUGGGGUAAGCCGCAAGCCUAUUUCGGCUACAAUGAUGGAUCCAACAUUCAGUGCGAUUUUGAGAACAAAUUUGGGCUGCAUGAAAUUAUUUUCGAUACAACGUACGUUUUUGUGUUGCCCUGGGUCUGUGUAGAUUAG